CAUUAUUAAAGAAUAUAAUUUAAAGGAAAUACCCUAUAACACCUUGAGAAAUAAGAAAAAAUUAAGAAGUGGAGGUUUUGGAAAGGUGUUUAAAGCAACAUCUAGCUCAUUAGGUUACGUGGCCAUUAAAGAACUAAAACAACUCAAUAGAUCUGGUCAUGAGCGAGUCAUUAAAUUUCAUGGAAUUAGUUUUACUGAAGGAAUGUCUUAUCUUCACGAUAUAGAUAUCACACAUCGUGACUUGGUAAAGCAUUUCGGAUUUUCAAAAUAUCUUAAAACCGAAGCAAUAACCACCAGUAAAGAAAUUUGCGGAGUAAUCCCUUUUAUUGAUCCUCGUAAACUUAAUGAUCCAAAGUAUCCGUAUGAUAAAAAGUCUGAUGUAUACAGUAUGGGUGUGCUAUUGUGGGAGAUUUCCAGUAAUGGAAGCGUCCCAUUUAGUAGUCAAGGUUAUGAUGCAUGCCUCCCAUUUAGAAUUAUUCGAGGAUCACGUGAAGAACGUAUCAUAGGAACACCUGUACAAUACAUUAGUCUUUAUUCGAAAUGUUGGGAUUACGAACCAAAUAAGCGCCCUUCAAUGCCAGACAUUCUCCGACAAUUAAAUUCCUUGGAAUUAGACCCUAAAUAUGAUGGUACUAAUUAG